CAAGUUCACUUGUUCGUUUUAAAUUUUAAUUAACUACACUUUCAGUGGAGCUAAUUAAACGAAAUUAUAAAACAAAAAUGGGUAAUUCCAGUUCCAUUUGCGCCGAUCGCAGUGCCAUAAGGAAUUUCGAUGAAAAUGGCACGCCGGUAUAUCCCACCGCCAACAAUUCCCAAAGUCCUUCCCAUGGCCAAAUAACGCCACUGCACACACACAGCCACGAGAAAGAGCCCUACAAGACCACGAUUCCCGUUGGAAGCUCUCUGAGCACCAGUACUCAGUGCUCUCACUGCCGAACAGCUGAUGUGCGCUCCACUUCCACGAACAACAACAUUAACAACAACAAUGCACACACACCACCACUCACUGAGAGCCAAAUUUGUGGUUGUAGUAGUCGUGUGUGUAAAAAUCAUACGACUACAACGACAACGACACUCGAAUACGAGCUUUCCAAUUUCGCAAAACUAACGACACGAAUCACUACCCAAAGUGCGGCAAAAGUAGCAACAUCGAAAGAUACGGAUACGGAUACGGAUAGGGAUACGGAUCAGGGUGACAUAGCCAUUACCAGCGAUUUACCCAAGGGUCUGCCGUUAUCAUCGCGACAUCACUGGAACCAGCUGCAGAGCAGUUUGCACGCCCUUCACUACCAGCAACAGCAGCACCAGCAACACCGUUCUUACAGUAGUAAUACCCGUCAAAAUUUGGAAGACGACAUGAGUAAAUCAGUAAAUCAGUUAAAUCUGGAGAAAUACGCCCAGCGCGAUCGCCUGGGACUAUGGGGCAUUGGUGACAAUGAAGUUAUCGGCAGCAUCUCCGGAUUUGGACGACUUCAAGACAAGCGCUACGCAAAGGGCCUGGCUUUCACACACGAGGAGCGUCAGCAGUUGGGCAUCCAUGGCAUGCUGCCCUAUGUGGUUCGCGAGGUGUCGGAGCAGGUGCAGCACUGCCGAUCACUCCUGGACCGGCUGGAGCAGGACCUCGACAAGUACAUGUACCUGAUCAACCUGUCCGAGCGGAAUGAGCGCCUCUUCUACAAUGUGCUCAGCUCCGACAUCGGCUACAUGAUGCCCCUGGUGUACACGCCCACCGUGGGACUGGCCUGCCAGCGGUACAGUCUGAUCUUCCAGACCGCCAAGGGCAUGUUCAUCUCCAUCAAGGACAAGGGCCACAUCUACGAUGUGCUGAAGAACUGGCCGGAGACGGAUGUCCGGGCGAUUGUGGUGACGGACGGCGAGCGCAUCCUGGGACUGGGAGAUCUGGGCGCCAAUGGCAUGGGCAUACCCGUGGGCAAACUGUCCCUGUACACGGCCUUGGCGGGCAUUAAGCCAUCGCAGUGCCUGCCCAUCACCUUGGACGUGGGCACCAACACCGACUCCAUUCUCGAGGAUCCCCUGUACAUUGGUCUGCGCGAGCACAGAGCCACCGGAGCUCUGUACGAUGAGUUCGUCGAUGAGUUCAUGCACGCCUGCGUCCGCCGCUUUGGCCAGAACUGCCUGAUCCAGUUCGAGGACUUUGCCAACGCCAAUGCCUUCAGGCUGCUGUCCAAGUACCGCGAUUCGUUCUGCACCUUCAACGACGACAUCCAGGGAACCGCUUCGGUGGCCGUGGCUGGACUGCUGGCCUCGCUGAAGAUCAAGAGGACCCAGCUGCGGGACAAUGUCCUGCUGUUCUUGGGCGCCGGCGAGGCGGCCCUUGGCAUUGCCAAUCUCUGUCUGAUGGCCAUGAAGGCGGAGGGUCUCUCCGAGGAGGAGGCCAAGACGCGCAUCUGGAUGGUGGACAGCCGUGGUGUGAUCAUCCGCGAUCGCCCGAAGGGUGGACUCACCGAGCACAAGCUGCACUUCGCCCAGCUGCACGAGCCCAUCGAUACCUUGUUGGAGGCGGUGCGCAAGGUGCGUCCCAAUGUCCUGAUCGGAGCUGCUGCCCAGGGCGGAGCCUUCAACCAGGAGAUCCUCGAGCUGAUGGCCGACAUCAACGAGACGCCGAUCAUCUUUGCCCUGUCCAAUCCGACUAGCAAGGCGGAGUGCACCGCCGAGGAGGCAUACAACUACACCAAGGGUCGCUGCAUAUUUGCCAGUGGAUCGCCCUUCCCCCCGGUGACGUACAACAACAAGAAGUUCUAUCCCGGCCAGGGCAACAACUCGUACAUUUUCCCUGGCGUCGCACUGGGUGUCCUGUGCGCCGGCAUGCUGACCAUUCCCGAGGCGGUCUUCUUGGUCGCGGCAGAGCGCCUGGCGGAGCUGGUCUCCAAGGAUGACCUGAGCCGGGGCAGCCUGUAUCCACCGCUCAACUCCAUUGUCAGCUGCUCGGUGGCCAUCGCCGAGAAGGUCGUGGAGUAUGCGUAUAAGAAUGGAUUGGCCACCGUCCGCCCGGAGCCGGCCAACAAGCUGGCCUUCAUCAAGGCCCAGAUGUACGACCUGGACUAUCCCCGCUCGGUGCCCGCCACCUACAAGAUGUAGAUCCAUUCCGCCCACGCCCAGGAACCAAAGGAGUGGCCUUUGGUGGCAGAUAUUUUCGGCACGGGCGGCGAGCAGUAACCAUGUUAUUUAUUUUAUAAUGUCGCACAUCUGUCGUCUAGCAUAUAGCAAAAUUUGUAUCGCGCCUAGCCAACCACUAUCCACUAUCCACAAUCCACUAUCCCCCACCAGCCACUAGCCCCUGAUCGCAGCCCGAUAUAUUAUUAUAAAACAGGGAGGAAAAUGGAAUGUCAUUAACCCGCGGCGAACAAUUUUGUAUGAUGUUGACUCUAUGUAAAUGGGAUAUUGAUCUAUAGAUAUGUAAACAAAUUGUAUGUAAUCUUGAACAACACAAACUACUCUAAGAAUCUACAAAUAAAAAAUUAUUAAAACAGUA